UAGAUAAAUCAGAAAAAAGCGAAAAUUUCAUCAAAGAUCUCUCUCUCUCUCUCUCUCUCUCUCUCUCUCCUAUAUUUCUUCCUCCACUGGAGGUGCGUUUACUUCCCACCAAGGUUCUUCACUGGUUCGCGGCUUUCAAUUCUUCUUUUUUCUGGUGUAAGUGUAAAGGACUGAGAAUGGAGCUAAAUAGCAUCAAGGAUGCAUUUGAUCGAGUUGCGAAGAAGCAAAAACUAUCAUCUUCUAAAGCACAGGAAGUGAUAGACCUGAUUAUCCAAGAAAUUGAGCAAACAUCAAUCAUGAUAUCAUCGCAACCUCAUCUUGAUCAUAAGAUUAUCCUUUCUGAAAUGAAGCAAAGGUUGCAUGGCAUUGCUCCACUUAGCCAAUUAGAAGGCACACAGAAGGAACUGAACAUGGCAAUAAACAAGUACCCAAAAAUUCUUGAUAAAUCCUUCAAUUCAGACAUAUCUAAAGCCUACAGGAAUAUUGACUUUGACACUCACACUGUCAGCCAGAUAAUUGCUGGCCAUUUUUACCGUCAAGGCCUCUUUGAAAUUGGUGACUGCUUCAUUAUUGAGGCUGGGGAACCAGAAUCUGCUGCUGCUGUAAUGAGAUCCCUUUUCCAUGACAUGAAUCAGAUAGUAAAAGCCAUGGAGAAUCGGAACCUAGAGCCUGCAUUGAAAUGGGCUGCUACCAACUCUGAUAAACUGAAACAAAAUGGAUCUGAUAUUCAGCUGAAGCUACAUAAGCUGCAGUUUGUAGAAAUACUAAAGCAAGGAAACAAGGAUAUAGCUCUAAAUUACGCCAGAAGCAACUUUCAUGAAUUCGCUUCCACAGAUCUGGCUGAAAUACAGAAACUCAUGGCCUGUCUCUUAUGGGCUGGAAGACUUGAUGUGGCCCCUUACCCUGAACUGUUAUCACCAUCCAACUGGGAUGUGGUAAUUAAGGAGCUAACCAGACAAUUCUGCAAUCUCCUGGGCCAAUCAUACGAGAGUCCGUUAAGUGUGACAGUGGCUGCAGGGAUCCAGGGUUUACCUUCUCUUCUAAAGUUUAUGAAUGUGAUGUUGGGGAAGAAGCAGGAAUGGCAGACUAUGAAGCAGUUGCCAGUGCCAGUAGAGUUAGAUAGGGAGUUUCAAUAUCAUUCCAUCUUUGUUUGUCCAGUGUCCAAGGAACAGUCCACUGAUGAUAACCCCCCAAUGAUGAUGUCCUGCGGGCAUGUGCUAUGCAAGCAGUCUAUCAAUAAGAUGUCGAAAAAUUGCUCAAAAACCUUCAAGUGCCCAUACUGCCCUUCUGACAUUGAUGCUAAUCAUUGUAGGCAGCUUUACUUCUGAUGUUACAUAUACCUUAACUUGUACAUGGGGUUUGUAUCAAAUCUCUCUCUCUCUUGACUGGAUCAAGAUGUUGUAGAAGUACCAAAUCAGUGUGAUGUUGUGCUGCAUAAAGGGCUCUGGUGGAGGAUGGCAAAAGCAGGUAUAUUGUUGUUUGAAUGUACUGUCUUUGAUGCACUUGUGAAUAGAAAUUCUUUUUGAGAACGAAAGUAGGUUGUGUAGUUGACCCUUUCCUGUUUUACUUGUAGUAGUAAGGAAAUGCAUCAACUUUAGGUUCUGGACACGGAAUGGAAUGGCUGUUGCAUUCGAGCAUUCUUUCCUCUAACAACACCACCAUAUGCAAUCUUUCAUUUUUUUUUUUUUUUUUUUAUGAUUACUAUCUAAGUGGCAUUUACACUUUAGUUUAAUUUUCGUUUAAUUUUAAUCCAUUUUGAGUUUUAGUUUUGUAUUAGUCUUAAUAUGAAUAAUUAGAAAAUAAAUUGUUUUGUUUGAGGUAUCAUGAUUUUGGAUUCUUUUGAUGGUGAAAAUUUUAACCCAGAAUUUUCACCAUCAAGGAAUUCAAUGUGCAAAUAACGAUUAUUCAAACCUAACAAAUUAUAUUUUAAUUAUGCUUAUUAGACUGAUUCGAGAAUUAGAACUGAAAGUUGAAUGAGAAGUGAGUAAAUGCAAUGUUACUGUUGUUA